AGCCUUCCCACCACUUGUGCCUCUGUGUGGCCACACAGACCCAAGGAGACUGAGAGGCACAGACAAACAGAGCAAGUUUCCUUUUUCUAUCUUUUUUGUUUGUUUGUUUCAUCCAGGGGAGGAUUUUGUGAUAAUUGAGCUGCGGGUGCAACUGGCAGAGGAUAUGGCUGGUUGUCUGCAAAGUUCCCAGCUUUGCAAAAAGUGGGAAUUUCUUAAAUGGUUGAUCUUUGCUGUGUGUCUCAGCUCAUGUCUGGGGUCAGUGCUCUCAGAGCCGUUUGAUCCCAGUCACCUCUUCUACCACAAAUCUGGACCUAAUGAGAACGACAUAAUCAUCGCCAAUAAUGGGAUCCGGGUACCCUUCGGGAGGUCAGUGUUUUUGGACCCUGUGAAUGACCUGAUUACAGAAGUGCAGCCUGGUGACCGCUGCCACAUAACGGUUUUGGACAAUGACCCAGUGACCCAGAAACCUGGGAUGUUGACCCCGAAAAAGUUUCCCUGUUCAUUUGGAGCAGAUGAAGUCAAGUACACUCACUUUGGAUCUCGGAGCCCCAGCAGGGAUCGUGUAAAGAUGCAGCUUCGCUAUGACUCCCACACAGACACAGUUAUCGUCCCAUUCAUGCUGGAAGUGGAAGUGGUUUUCCAGCAGCUCGAGAUACUCAUCAGGAAUAUGCCCCUCAACGUGGAGAAACUCAAUGGGGACAGCAGCCCGAUUGACAAAAAGGCUCUGGAGUUUUCCUUCGAGGAUGGGGUCACACAGUGUAAGAUCACAGUGCUGGCCGGUGCUGGAGGUCUACCCAGGUACGGCACGCUCUUGAAAAGUCCUCCCAGUGGCCAAAUGGUUGAUUGUGAAGAGUUUGUAAAUCUGGGUGUUCGCUACAAACACACAGCUAAAACCAAGUCACCGAACAGAGACUAUAUCCCAAUGAUGGUAGAGCUGCAGGAUAACGAGGGCAACACAAUAAUGCAGGAGCAUUUUCAAACAAUGGUCAGAAUCAGAGAAGGUGCAGAGAACGCUGCUCCCAAACCCAGUUUUGUAGCCAUGAUGAUGAUGGAGGUUGAUCAGUUUGUGAUGACGGCUAUAACGAAUGACAUGUUGGCGGCUGAAGAUGUUGAAUCUGAUCUGGAUGAUUUGAUUUUCAACAUCACUUCACCUCUGAAUCCUCAGCAAGGUUAUGUCAUCAGCACAGAUGACCAGAACCUCCCCAUCACCUCCUUCAACCAGAGGGACAUCAGAGAGUUAAAAAUAGCUUACAAGCCACCCUCAGAGGACUCGGAUCAAGAGAGGAUUUUCCAGUUGGAGUUUGAAAUCAUAGAUAGUGAUGGUGCUGUCUCCGACACAUUUGCCUUUAUGAUUGUGGUGAAACCUAUGAACACUUUAGCUCCAGUUGCAACCAAAAAUACAGGCCAGCUCUUAUUUGAAGGUCAAUCCCGAGCUCUGUCCAGCUCACAGAAUUUGGAAAUCAGUGACGAGGAUAACUUGGAAGAUGUGAGGAUCACUGUUGUCGAUGGUCUGAAGCACGGGGACCUCACCGUGCUUGGGGUGCACAGGAAAUAUUUCACGCCGUCAGAUCUAGACGCUGGCAUUGUUGUGUACCAGCAUGACGGUAGCGACACCUACAGCGACAACAUCAUCCUAAGAAUGACUGAUGGGAGAAAUGAUGUGGAAUUUUUGUUUCCCAUCACUAUUGUUCCCACCGAUGAUGAGCCCCCUAUAAUUAACGCUAACACUGGCCUGGUGCUGUCAAAGAAUGAAAUGAUGCAGAUCUCUCCCUUCAUCCUGAGUGCCACAGAUAUCGACUCGGAUGACUUGUUUAUAAAGUUCAUUCUUGAAGCACCGUACUCGACUGUAGGGGAGCUCCUGCUCAGGCAGGUCGACCCCCCCGCUGACCCCUCUCAGUGGAAGUUCAGUGAGACAGAUGAGAUGUUUGAGCAGGUGGUAACUGAGUGGUCUCAGAAGGAUAUUCUCGAUGGAAAGCUGUUCUACCAUCACAUUGGACCCCACAUCACCACCACAGUAACAGAUGAGUUUGUUUUUCGUGUUCAGGAUGACAAUGACCCUCCUAAUCAGUCAGGUGAGCACACCUUCACCAUUAAAAUCCUCCCCAUUGAUGACCUUCCCCCAGAGCUGUCUCCGGGCACCACGCUUCAAAUGACUGUCCAGGAAUAUCAGCUUACAUUCUUCAGGAAGAAAUUCUUGUGUUAUACUGAUCUGGAUUCAGAAGACAGAGACCUGAAAUACACAAUUAUCAAAAGGCCAACUGAUACAGAUGACAACAAUCCAGCCCCUUUAGGUCAGAUUGUGCUGACCGACAGCCCUGAUACUAUUAUUACAGAGUUUACACAAGCCCAGGUUAAUCACCACAAAGUGGCUUACAAGCCUCCAGACCUGGAAUUAGGCAUCACACCAAAAGUAGCUCAGUUUACAUUCAUUGUGGAGGACACAGCUGGUAACUCAGCAGAUGGAUUAUUUACAAUUUUUCUCCAGCCAGUUGACAAUAAACCCCCAGAAAUUAUUAACACAGGGUUUACUGUCAUGGAAAGAAGUUCUUUUACCAUUACCAUUAAGGAGCUGUAUGCUUCUGACACGGACACAGAUGAUGAAAAUAUCAUCUUCACUUUGACCCAGGCUCCCAUAUAUGGACAGCUGCAUUAUUUAGGUAUUCAAAUGUCAAACGGAGAAACAUUCAAUCUCCAAGAUAUUGAAAAUGGCCGCUUGACUUACGUCCAUGAUGGAGAGGAGUCAGUAAGUGAUGUAAUCAAGCUUGAUGUGAGCGAUGGUUUCCAUGAGGUGCCCAUCACUCUUAGGGUCACCAUAGAGCUAGUUGAUAAUGAGACUCCGACUAUCAUGCUCCCAGCUGGCGUGCUGGGAGCCGCCAUCGAUGUGUUGGAGAACGGAGCAACAGAGAUCACCAAUAAUAUCAUUCAAGGGCGUGAUAAAGACACGGAUGACCUGAUGCUUACUUUCAUUGUGGAGGAACCUCCGAAGCUGGGUGAAAUCCUUGUUAAUGUUGCUCCAGCUGAGAGGUUCACCCAAGAGGACCUUAUCAAUGGACUGGUUGUGUAUGCUCACACUUCUGGUGAAAUUGGUCCAAUUAAAGUACACGACUCCUUCAACCUAACUCUGUCUGAUAUGUCUGAUCAGUGGGUUGUAGGUGGCAACAAAGUCCAGGGUGUAACUGUUCAUGUGACCAUUCUUCCUGUUGACAGCAUUCCCCCUAUCGUCAGAGUUGGGGAGCAAUUAAUUGUGGUGGAAGGGGAGAAGAAUGUCAUUACCAUAAAUCACAUCCAAGCUGAGGAUGUUGACACAAACAAUGACGACAUCCUAUGCACAAUUAUUGUCCAACCAACAUUUGGUUAUGUGGAAAAUAUUUCCCCAGCCACAGGAUCUGAGAAAUCCCGAACUGGUACUGCCAUCACUGCAUUUACAAUUAAAGAUAUAACUCUAGGUCACAUCUACUAUGUCCAAAGUAUCCACAAAGGAGUUGAACCUGUAGAGGAUCAGUUAAUAUUCCGCUGCUCUGAUGGUAUCAACUUUUCUGAACGCCACUCCCUCAACAUCAUCGUCAUCCCAGCCAAUGAUGAGAAACCAGAGAUUUUUACCCGGGAGUUUGUGGUAAUGGAAGGCAUGAAUAUUGUUAUUGACACGCAGCUACUGAGCGCUGCUGAUGAUGACCUCCCUAAGGAUGAGCUGUUCUUUGAGAUCAUCAAAAACCCCAAGCAUGGUGCAAUCAUCCAACAGCUAAGCACUGGCACCAUCCCUGUAGAAAAGUUUAACUUGGAACAGAUAAACGAAGAAGCCAAUAUUGUCUAUGAACACGAUGACUCAGAGACUAAAGAAGACAGCUUCGAGGUCAGGCUUUCUGAUGGAAAACACACUGUGGAUAAAACUGUUCUCAUCAUCGUCAUUCCUGUUGAUGAUGAGACUCCAAGAAUGGCCAUAAACGAUGGUCUUGAUGUAGAGAUUGGGGAGACUAAGAUCAUCAGUAACAAGGCUUUAAAAGCGACAGACCUUGACUCUGAAGAUAAAGAGUUAACAUAUGUUGUGCGAUACGGACCUGGGCAGGGCUACCUUCAGCGUAUCAGCAAAUUCGGUGUUGUUUUAGGAAAUAUUACUCUGGGGAUGAAUUUCACACAGGAUGAAGUAGACAAGCAGCUCAUUCAGUAUGUACACACAGGCCAAGAGGGAAUACGUGACCUGCUGAAAUUUGACGUCACAGAUGGUAUCAAUCCCCUCAUCGACCGCUACUUUUACAUCAACAUUGGAAGCAUUGACAUGGUGUUCCCAGAUGUUAUCAACAAAGGUGUGACUCUCAAAGAAGGCGGGAAAGUAACCCUCACCACUGACCUCCUGAGCACAUCUGACAUCAACAGUCCUGAUGAGUAUCUCAGCUUUAGCAUUACAAGAGCUCCCAGCCGGGGGCAUUUAGAGUGCACUGACCUCCCAGGUGUUCCUAUUUCUACCUUUACACAACUGCAGCUGGCCGGCAAUAAGAUCUAUUACAUACACACCUCAGAAGAUGAGGUGAAGAUGGACAGCUUUGAGUUUGAGGUAACUGAUGGCUACAACCCUGUCUUCCGAACCUUCAGAGUGUCCAUCACUGAUGUGGAUAACAAGAAACCUGUGGUCACUGUACACAAGCUGGUUGUUGAAGAGGGAGAAGUAAAGCUCAUUACACCCUUUGAGCUAUCAGCUGACGAUCGAGACACGCCAGACAACCUCCUGCGCUUCACCGUCACACAGCUACCUGUGCACGGCCAGCUGCUGUUCAACAACACCCGGCCUAUCACAACCUUCACCAAACAGGAUCUGAAUGAGAAUCUCAUUAGCUACAAACACGAUGGCACAGAGACCAACGAAGACAGCUUUUCUUUCAUUGUCACAGAUGGCACCCACACUGACUUCUACAUCUUUCCUGACACUGUGUAUGAAACUCGCAAACCUCAAACGAUGACCAUCCACAUAAACACAGUGGACAAUGGUAUGCCCCAGAUUGUGGUCAACAAAGCUGCUGCUUCAUUAAAAGUCCUCCAAACAGGACACCUGGGCUUUGUUUUCACCAGUAAAGUCCUUAGAUCAGAGGACAGAGACAGUCCCCAGAGGGUCCUGAAGUACACCGUGUCUGAGCCGCCGCUGCAUGGCUUCAUUAUGAACAUGGAGCUGGGAAACCAUAGCAUCCAGACCUUCACUCAAGCUGAGAUCAACGACUUGAAGAUCUGUUAUGUGCUGUUGGACGGGAGCAACGCCACAAGUGACAUCUUCUAUUUCACCGUCGAGGACAAUGGUGGAAACAAACUCAAAGCGCAGCCGUUUCGUCUUAACUGGGCCUGGAUCUCUCUGGAGCGGGAAUACUACCUGGUGGAUGAAGAUGCCAAAUUCCUGGAGGUGACGCUGAAACGUAGAGGCUAUCUGGGAGAAACCUCUUUCAUCAGCAUCGGAACAAAGGACGGAUCCGCUGAGAAGGACAAGGACUUCCGUGGCAAAGCCCAGAAGCAGGUCCAGUUUAACCCGGGCCAGACGACAGCAACCUGGAAGGUGAAGAUCUUCACUGACCAGGAGUUUGAGACCUCAGAGACUUUUGAGAUUCAGCUGUCAGACCCCGUCAUAGCGGUUCUGGAGUACCCCGAUACAGCAACAGUGGAGAUAGUAGAUCCUGGAGAUGAAUCAAAGGUGUUCAUUCCACAUGCAGAGUUCAGGAUAGAGGAGGAUGUUGGGGAGCUAUUGGUACCAGUCAGGCGCUCAGGAGAUGCCAGCCAGGAACUUAUGGUGGUUUGUUUCACUCAACAAGGUAACGCUACCGGAACCAUACCCACCACCGUCCUCUCCUACUCUGACUACAUCACCCGCCCCGAGGACCACACCAGCGUGCUACGCUUCGACAAGGAUGAGAGGGAAAAGAUCUGCCGCAUCAUCAUCAUCGAUGACUCCCUCUACGAGGAAGAGGAGAGCUUCAACGUCAGCCUCAGUAUGCCGAUGGGUGGUCAGCUGGGCGCAAAUUUCCCUUCCGCCAAAGUCACAAUUCUGGCCGACAGCGACGAUGAGCCUGCGGUGUACUUUGGAGAGCCUGAAUAUGUCGUGGAGGAGAGUUCUGGCUAUGUGGAGGUGAAGGUCUGGAGAACAGGUACUGACCUGUCCAAGACCGCCACGGUUACCGUUCGCUCCAAGAAGAGCGAUCCGGUUUCUGCAGAAGCUGGACUCGACUACGUUGGCAUCAGUCGGAACCUGAACUUUGCUCCUGGAGUGACCAUGCAGACAUUCAGGGUGACCAUCUUGGAUGAUCUGGGUCAGCCACAACUGGAGGGGCCUGAGACCUUUGACCUGGUGCUGAGGAUGCCCAUGAACGCCGUAUUAGGAGAACCGAGCAGAACGACCAUCACCAUCAAUGACACCGUCACUGACUUGCCAAAGGUUCAGUUUAAGGAGGGCAGCUACAAGGUGGACGAAUCAGAUGGUGAAGUGAGAGCCAUAAUAUACCGCAGCGGCGACAUCGGCCUCAGAUCCACGGUGCGCUGCUACACCCGGCAGGGCUCCGCUCAGGUAAUGAUGGACUACAGCGAGAGGCCGAAUACGGAGGCGUCCAUCAUCACCUUCCUGCCAGGAGAGUCAGAGAAGCCAUGUGUGGUUGGCCUGAUGGACGACUCCGUUCAUGAGGAAGAGGAGGAGUUCCGCCUGGUGCUGGGGAGUCCAAAGAGCAAAUCCCCGUAUGGCGCCUCGAUUGGAGAGCAGAAGGAUGCCCUGGUCACCAUCACAGAUGACAAAGACAAGCCUAUCAUCCGUUUUUCGGAGAUCAAAUACAGCGUGCGUGAACCUCAGGUCAAAGGUGAGGUGGCCAGAGUGAAGAUUCCCAUCCUGCGUUUUGGAGACACAUCAAAGCUCUCGGUGGUGAGAGUGCACACGAAGGAUGGCUCUGCAACCUCUGGAGAAGAUUAUAACCCGCUGUCAGAGGAUGUGGAGUUCAAGGAAGGAGAGAAGGAACAUUUUGUUGAAAUCGAGAUCCUGUAUGAUGGUCAGAGAGAAAUGAGAGAGGCCUUCACAGUUCACAUGAAGCCUGACGACCACAUGGUGGCUGAAAUACAGAUGAACAAGGCCAUGGUCUACAUCGAGGAGAUGGACAGCGUUGCAGAUGUCACCUUCCCCGCAGUGCCUCAAGUGGUGUCUCUCCUCAUGUAUGAUGACACAACCAGAACCGGAGACAGACCCAACCCACCCAAUGGCUAUCCUGUAGUGUGUGUGACGGCCUGCAACCCAAAGUACCACGACUUUGAUAAAACAGGCUCCCUCUGCUCUGCAGAGAACAUCAACGACACUCUGACCCAGUACCGCUGGCUGAUCAGCGCUCCCACCGGACCCGACGGAGUGACCAGCCCCAUCAGGGAGGUGGACACCAACACCUUCUUCACCAACACCAAAUCCAUCACCUUGGACUCCAUCUACUUCCAGGCCGGGUCCAGAGUUCAGUGUGCAGCCAGAGCCUUCAACACGGAUGGAUACGCUGGCCUGGAGCUGUCCAGUCCCAUCGUCAUCAUCAGUACUGAGGAGGGAAUGUGUCAGCCCAGGGUCCCGGGAACUGUUGGAGCAGAACCUUUCUCUGCCAAGAUCCGCUACACCGGUCCAGAUGAUCCAGACUUCCCAAACCUCAUCAAGCUGACCAUCAGCAUGCCUCACAUGGAUGGAAUGCUCCCAGUGAUCUCCACCAGACCUCUGUCUAACUUUGAGCUCACCCUGAGCCCGGACGGCACACGUGUGGGGAACCACCGCUGCUCCAACCUGCUGGACUUCAACGAGAUCCAAACCGCCUACGGUUUCAUCACUGAUGCGACAAAGAACCCUGAGAUCAUUGGGGAGACAUCGCCAUACCAGUACAGCGCCGCCAUGCGUUCAGCAAACUCUCUACGCUUCUAUAGGAACCUGAACCUGGAGGCCUGCCUGUGGGAGUUCACCAGCUACUACGACAUGUCCGAGCUGCUUAACGACUGCGGUGGCUCCAUCGGCACCGACGGACAGGUGCUCAACCUGGUCCAGUCCUACGUUACUUUGCGUGUUCCUCUCUUUGUGUCCUACGUCUUCCACUCGCCCGUCGCUGUCGGAGGCUGGCAGCACUUUGACCUGCAGUCGGAGCUUAAGCUCACCUUUGUGUACGACACGGCCAUUCUGUGGCAGGACGGCGUCGGCAGCCCGCCUGAGGCAGAGCUACAAGGAGCCAUGUACCCCACCAGCAUGCGCAUUAAUGAGGAGGGGCGCCUGGUGGUCAACUUCAAGACGGAGGCUCGCUUCAGGGGACAGUUUGUUAUGUCUCAUCCAGGAACCAGUGUGUCCUCCAUGGUGAUCUGCGCCGACAUCCCCGGCCUGACCUUCACCCUCGCGUUGGUCAGAACUGAGCCUACAUACAACCAGCCCAUGCAGCAGUGGAGCUUUGUCUCAGAUUUUGCGGUACGGGACUACUCCGGAACCUACGCCGUGAAGCUGGUUCCCUGCAUGGCGUCACCCAAUGGGGAGUUCAGCAUCCCUCCCGUCUGCCACCCCAGAGAGCCGCUCACUUUCGACAUGGACAUUCGCUUCCAGCAGGUGAGCGAUCCGGUGGCGGCUGAAUUCAGUCUGAACACUCAGAUGUUCCUGCUGUCGAAGAGAGAGCUCUGGUUGUCUGAUGGCUCCAUGGGCUUCGGGGAAGGAACUGAUGCAGCGUUUUCUGAAGGCUCCACCAUUUACGGCCGUGUUAUGGUAGACCCCGUCCAGAACCUGGGCGACUCCUUCUCCUGCAGCAUCGAGAAGGUUUUCCUCUGCACCGGAGCGGACGGAUACGUCCCCAAGUACAACCCUACGAACAGGGAGUAUGGCUGCCUGGCAGAUGCUCCUUCUCUGCUCUAUAGAUUCAAGAUUUUGGACAAAGCCCAGCCAGAGACCCAAGCUUCAGCCUUUGGGGAUGUUGCCUUCAAGGCCAAACUGGCCCAAGAUGCUCCCGGAGCACAAACAUUGGUCAGGCAGCCAGGUUCAGACGGCUUCAUGCUGUCUUCUACGCCGCUUUUUCAGGUGGCUGCAGGUCGAGAAUGGUUCAUCCACACCAUCUACACCCUGCGCUCCACAGACAACGCUAACCGACACAUUGGUAAGCGCAGCGUUGAAGACCUCCAGCACAGCAUCUCCUCGGUCGGGCAGCCUCUCUCCGCCCGCCAUCGCCGAGCCGCUGCCGCCGAGCUCUCCGCUCCGGCACUGGCUCAGGACAUCGGUGCCAGAAACAACCGGGGCACCAACAUCCAGCACAUUGCUUUGGAUCGAUCGGACCAUGUGAGGGUCACCCAGCAGCAGCCCUGGGCGCCCCGCAGCAACCCUCAUCUGGAGCGCCCCCUGCUGGAGAGUUCAGGCAGAGAGCCGGCUGACGCCUCCUUCCUGCCCAUGUUGGUGGGAAUCGCAGGUCUGGUUCUGCUCAUCUGCCUCGUAGCCAUCGUGGUCGUUCUGCUGCUGAGGCGCAAGAGGGGGGAGAAGGCGGCUCAGUUCCCUCCGUACUCCGCUUCCUCCUCCGCCGCAUACUCAGGCUACAGCCAUGCAGGCGCGUGGAGCGGUGCAGACAGCUCGGAGGUCUAAAUGAGGCUCGGAUUCUCUUCAUCUUACAAAGACUGCAGCAGUCUUCCUCAGCGCUGGGCCUUUGAUUGGAGCACUGAAUGCAGCCCAGAGCAGCUGGCGGAUGACAGGCUGCCGGUGCCCGGGGCCCACAUGCAGACAAGCUUCCAGCUUUAGCAGUAGUGUCCUGUAGGCCUUGAUGAAGACUCCUGAGAAUUAGAAAAACAUGGAGGCUCGAACCUAAAACACUGAACUCUCUCACCGAACGCCCCGUUGUAAAAUAUGACAUUUAUCUGGUGUUUGCAGAUGCAUGCAGUACAGGAAACAAAUUCAUUUCCAAAUGAAACCUUAACUUUUAUCACAAUAGUUGUGCCAUUAAUAACCUUUGAUUAUUUUUUUUAUUGAUUAUUGAGUAAACCAGACUAAAUAAUAAACGGAUAAAUGUGACAGUAUGUAAUGUAACAUCACAUGUUAAACAUUUUUCUGAUUUAUCUGUGGGAAUAUUUCACUGAUCUGUUCAUAAAAAGGAAAAUAUUUUGCGUCAUGGUAACAAGUUCAAAGCUUCAGGGGGUUUUCUUUCUAGUUUUAGUUUUUCUUUUGAUUAACUAACAGUAAAAUAAAAUUUUGCUAAUUAUAAAAUGUGAGAGUAAACAAAAAAAAAAAA